CUUCUGCAAGUUCUCGAUCACCAUGGUCUUUUUCCUACUGCGCCCUCUCAACCACACAUGGUGAUUUCUACAGACCUCAUCGUAUUCUAUCAUGCAUUGUUUGAGUGUUCAUGUGAUGCUAUUCAUGCACUUGCUUCUGCCUUGAAGACACAUUAUGCCCGCAGAGGCUUUCAGAUGACCAACAUAGAUGUGAGUUUUAACUUUCCAGGCUUUCAGACACUUGCCCAUUAG